AUUUGCAUGGCACUUUUACUACUUUCUGGCACAAUAAGGUCAUAAGGAUAAAGGCUAGGGAAAUGGAAAGGUGGUGCAUUGGAAUGUCUGUGACUAUUGGGUCAUCUUGCCGAAACAAUGCUGGAAGCUCGAGUGAGAAUGAUUAACCAAAGUGUUUGCAACAAGCUCUAUGAUGAUCUUAUUACUUCAUGUAUGCUGUGUGCUGGGAACCUUAAUGGUGAUGUUGAUGCAUGCCAGGCUGUGGUGAGUUAUUCUACAAAUCCUGUAAUGGGACAUUAUCAAGGAGUAAUUUUAUAAACUGCUUCUCAUCGUUGGCUUUAUAUUGUGCUCUGUGUGUGUGCACUAACAGCUGGACUACCUUCAUUUGAGGGAGAUUCUGGAGAUCCCUUGGCCUGCACAGGGAAGGGCAAUAGAUGGCACCUUGCUGGCAUCAUGAGCUGGGGUGAAGGGGGUGCUCGGCGCAAUCGUCCUGGUGUGUACACCAAGCACUUAUGACUGGAUCUGUCAGAAUACAAACUGAUGAGCCAAGGACAAAAAGCAGAUCACCUCUGUGUGAAAGCUGCUUCCUGCUGUAGCCAAUUUGAUGAUACAACACGAAAACGCCAUUGACUGUUCUUUGGUGAAAGAAUACAUUUUUUUAAUGAAGAAACUAUCAUUUAUGGUUCAUCUAGCAAUAACUAUUCAGCCUCAGAGGAACUUCAGUUUCCUUAUGGAUUCAUCAUCCUUAGGGCUAUUUGCAGAAACAGCACUGCCUUAGAAACAAAAUUAAAUGGAUUAUAAACUGUAACAAAAAUCCAGCCUUACCUCAUUCUUAACCCUUCUCUCCUUCUUCAUCCCUUGUUAUCUAUAUUUGUUUCCACAUACGCAUAUCUGCAUAAAAAUGGCCACACGCCAUAUAUAUUCAACUCUUUAGGGAUGUUACAGGAUUCUAAACAUAAAUAAUUAUUUCAUAGUUCUCAAAAACAUAAAUAGUGUAUUGUGUACAAAGCUGAGAUUAAUUCUUUCUCGUUAUAUGCAACUGCAUGACUUUUACUUUCUGGGCUGUAACUUUUGGGGUCUCUACUGUGUUUUCUUAAAAAUAUGAGAUAUAUAGCUCAAAAAUGCUAGGAUGCAAGAAAUUUUCAUUAAGUAACCAGAAGUGUAUUAUUUAGGUUCUUUGGGAUGAUGUCUAAAUAAAAGGAAGGAAUGAAUGAGUUGUAAUUCAUUGAAAAAAAGGAAACCAUAAUGCUUUCUUAAAUUCUCUUCAGAAUUUGAACUAACUGUACGGUUUAAUAUUUGCAAUAUGUUACAGGUGUACUUCUCUGGCUCUGGCAUCCAUUGUGAAUUUUUAGCAUGUUCCUGGUAGGUUAGGAUUGUUUUUCAUCCUGUCCUCAGUCCACAGUAAGCAGAGUUUCAGGCUCAGGAAAUUUUGUUUUUAUGUAUCUUUCUGGGCUGCGCCCACAAGGCCACACUAAAUUGAAAUGGACAUAGAAAGAAAAUGGAUUUAUGUGGUUGGAGGCAUCCUUGGGCUCAAAGAAAGUAAUAUAAGAAAUGACAGCAACAUUCUUUUAACCCUGGUAGUAAAUCUAGGUUUUAUAAUUUUAAUCUUCUGAUGAGGUUAUCACUCCAAACCUAGCCAAUAUAAGGUUUCCAAAGCUAUUUAUGGGACUUCAGAAUACCAGUACUUAGCUUAAUAAAAUAAUUGUUUAGAUGGCCUUAAGACCAUUUAGAUGGUCUUUAAGCUGUGCUCAAUAUUUGGAAGUGUUUAGCUUUCACCUUUAAUAUAUAUAUUUAAAAGAUUAGGCUGGCAGUUUGAACACCUUUUAUUGCUGUCCACACAGCACACUUACUCUGCAGUACAGACGUAUGUGAUCUUUGUUUAAUGUUAGACCUACCUUGGCAGCGUGGGGGGGAAACACUGAAAAGAGCUAGCACUGUAAUCUGCAUGCAGUGAGAUUCCUGCACUGUAAUCUGCAUGAAGUGAGAUUGCUCUUUCUAACACUGUUAUUAUUUUUCCUUUCUUUCUCCUGUUGGGCAUCUUGCCCCAGCUUGUGUCAAACUUACAGCAUAAGCUAUAUUCAAAGCCCGUAUAUUAUGAGGGUUGUUUCUUUAGUGGCUAUUCAAUUAUUCACAUAUUCCUUUUUAAUAAACCAUGUGCUAAAACUGCAAGGGACUAUGUUUUAUUUGUUUGGAUGUGCCUCUGAAACUCUGAACUCCAGGUGCAAUCAUAACUGCAUUAGUACCUUGGACUUUCCUGUUUUUGUAAAGCUGAAGGGUCAGAAUUUCACAUGGAAGAAAUGCACCGGGUGUGGAAGUUGGAUCCCCCAGAUGAAAGACUUCAAGCAGUUUCUCCAUAAAUACACAAAAUAAAAUAAGGACUUUGGCCUUUGCAUGGUGAGAUCUGUAUAAUCAUUAACUCUUUGUCUUCGAGGAAUAGUAUUGAUUUCAGACAAUCCAAUAGGGAGGUCUACUGUGAGUAGAAAUUAAACAAUUGAAAGUGAUAUCCAGCAGGAGUAGUGAGAACCAGAUAAAGGCUUUUCUAGUGUAAGAUGUCCCAAGUAAGAUUUUGUGGAUCCAAAUACAUGUUCUGAUCUUGAUGACUGCUCAGUUUCACCUUCAGUCCUCCAGAGCUUUAAAGAUUCUCAGAACCAAAAUAUGUGGGGUAUACAAUUUGUAUUUCUUUUUACUUGUGGAAUAAACCUAAGAUGUGCUCACUUUCAUGGAGUGCGUUUGCCUGGAUGGGUGUGACGUGACAUCAGGAAUGCAAACCCUGGGUGUGCUUCAGGCAGCAGAACCAAGCCUCGUGUCAGAGCUACUACUGACCAUAAUUGCAGCUGAAACAAGAAGGAAAUGAGCUGGCUCCGUGCUCACUUCACAGACAGAGGUCCUCGCAGAGGACGCUCUUUCAAGACAGAAGCAAUGAAAAGGCAGAGCUCUGCUCAGGAGCAUGAGAUUAUUGAAUUACGGGAACAUAAUGUGGAGGAAAGUGAGACUGAUCGUGACAAGCCUCUAAAUACUCUAACAAGAAAGGAGAGAGAUCUCUGGAAAUCAUGCAGGAAUGUAGUUUUCUGGAAGUGUAAACGAUGGAUGGUUAUAUCUACGAUACUUCUAGUGAUCUUCCUGGUCAUUCUCAUCAGCCUAAUUCUUUAUUCUAAUGUUUACACAGAUGAGGAUGACUACUGGGAUCCUGAUGAAUUACUAAGCAAUGGAAAUUUUCACAAUUUUUCAGGAACAUUGGAGUUAAUGUGUGGUUUCCCACACUUCUCCUCCAAGGACAUUAUUAAGAGGCUAACAGAGAUCUACAGCUCAUCUCCAGCUUUAGGACGUUACUUUAGGUCGGCUCAGGUGAUUUCUUUCAGUAAUGAAAGCUCCACUGUAAUUUAUCAGCUAGUGUUUUCUGUACCACCAUCAGUAGAGGGAUUUAUGGAAAACAGUAUGAACCCAGAUUUUAUAAGGAACAUUUUACGUCAAAAUAUUUAUGAUGAAGAUACUCUUAAUCCUGGGACAUCUGAAUGUGACAGGUUAAAGCUCGACCCGACUUCUCUCACAUGUAAGUGCUGUACCUUUGAGAAACUGUUUCGUUACAAAGAGCAGAAGUAUUAAUGGGAAAGGAGGGAAAUAUUUCUGGAAAGAUUUUGAGAUUCAUUUAUAUAUAUGAUUUGCAUAACAGUAUUAAGAAUAUUGUAAAUAGCUUUCAGAAAGUCUUGAUAUGCUUACUUAAAACCUGGGACUCACUGUUUGGUCCUCUGAUGAGAAAGGGAAUAGUCAUGAGACUGGUUAGCUGUGGACUCCAACCAAACUUUUCUGAUCUAAUAUUGCAUUUUAUCUGUACAGAAAAAUUCUCCUUGUAUGUAUGUGUACCAUAAUGGGGAGACAAAUAAUUUGAAAUAUUUCUCCUUAUUGUACAUUUGGUUUUGAAUGCUAACAAAACAAAUUUUAAUCCAAGAGAUGAAAAAGAGUCCUGAUUUUUGUCUUUUUGUAGUUUUCUGGAAAAUUUAUUAUGUAUGGAAAUACCUUUAAAGGAAACAAACGUUCAUUCUUCCAGGUUUUCUAGGCGAUGACUACCAGCAACUAGGUAGUGAUUCCAAUGCAUUUAUAUUUGUUCAGAUAGAAAUGCCCAUAUAAAAGUCCCAUGAGCUUUGAAGCUAUACUAAAAACAAUGCAUGGAGCUGCCUCCCCCAGUGCUAAUUUACUGAGUCACACCUAUGUGCUUUUAGAAUAAUUCUAGGCUAACAAUUCAGCAUUGCAGUGUAGGUAAAUAAGGUAUGCAAUUAACUUGUAUUGGUUUUUCUUGGGAUUCUUACCAAGGGACAAGAGAUCAACAGGUCAUGAGUUCAAAUUUUUAGAAGAAUUUUAUUCCUUAUAUAUUGACAGGAUUCUUAGAAAAAGUAGUGUAAAAGGAGAUAGGAAAGAAUAUGUUCAAAUAACUAUUUAAAGUUUCAUUUUAAUAUUAAUAUAGUACUGUUUUACUUUCAGAGAAAUUAUGGAAAGAUUCCUCAUCUUCAUCACUACCUAGAAGAGACGCAAUUCCCUAUCUAUAAGCAAUCCCAGGGCAGGAAACUAUUCAUUAGGUAGAAACACUUCUAAAAUUGCUGUCCUGUAAAUACUGCCUGUGGUGCAAUAAUGUAAAUGGAAAAUGUGGUAUAUUUAUGACAGUGUUGUAUUGCUAUAGUACCACUACCUCUUUCUUCUAUAUCUCAAUCCAUUUCACCCUUGAGAAAAUCAUGUAUUUGAUGCAUGCUCAUGCAUGAUGCAUGACUUUGAAAGCUCUGCUUUGUCUUGCCUUACGACUAAAGCUGAAUGUUCUGCAUGAGCUUUGAAAGCAGUCUUGUAUAUGGCCCCUUUCUUUUUCUCUUGGCUUAUGCAAAAUUAUCUGCACAGCUUCAUCCUCAAUGCUCACUUCCACUCAAACUCAUAUAUGUUCUUUUUUCCCUCCGAACUUCAUAUGCCGCAUUUACUUGUCGCUCUUUCCUUGUCAAACAGCCUGAAAACCUAAAUGCAUAUAUAUAUAUAUGUGUGUGUGUGUGUGUGUAUAUGUAUUUGUAUUCUUUAAAUACAUGCAAGGCCUUUGCACUAGCUUCUUAAGAAUGCUUUAGCUCUCAUAAUUUCCUUAUUCUUCCUACAGCCUCCUUGGAUACAGUGCUCUUUGCUCUAUUUUUCUCUUUUUCAAUAUGAAAUAUGAAAGAAGAAAG